AUGGACCCUCUGCCUCAGGAAGCAAUAAAUCACACCAAAAAGGAAAUGGAAGAGCAGUUAAAGUGUGAGCUUAGCAAAGCAUAUGAGAAGUCAGAGCAGAAGCUGAAAGGUGAAAUUCAGAAAACUCUAGAAAGGUGCACUCAAGAGAAGUUUGCUGCUGUCAAUAAAGCCAUAAAACAGGAGCGGGAAUUGGCUGAUGAAAAACUAUUGGAGAUGAAAAAGACACUUAUGCAGCAGAACAGGGAAGCAUUAGCAAUAGCGGAUUACAGACACCAGAAGAACAUGGAAGAACUUCAAGAAAAUAUGAAUUUGCUAAUGAUACAUAAGGUUACAGUAGCUCGGCAAGAGGAGCAAGACAAAAUGAAAGACAUUUUAAAACUUAAAGAAGUACAACAUCAGGCGGCUAUAAAGGAGAUUAAAGCUUAUAUAUCCAAGCUUGAAGCCUCCCAUAGACGCACAGAAAAGCAACUAAAAGCUGUGGUCUAUUCAAAGGAGAAACUGGAAGAAGAGAUAGUAGAGACCAGACAAGCUUUUCAGAAGUACAUUAACUUUACAUUUCCACAACUAGGACCAGGUCAGGCAGAUUUCAUUUUACCAUACAGGACAACAAUUUAGAAAACGUAAAAACAA